UGAUACUUCAGCAAAACAGCCAACCAUAACUUCAUCCUUUGCCAGUUUGACGCCUUAUGAAAGAACUAGCCGAAGACACAAGGAGAUUACCACUGCCGUAACGAAUUACAUAUCGAAGGAUAUGGUGUCUGUAAACACAGUAACCAAAGACGCAUUUAAAAGUUUGCUACGCACAAUGGACAAGAGGUAUGUUCUACCCUCCCGCACCUACUUUAACCGAGUCGCCAUCCCACAGCUGUACGGAGAAUGCAGGGCCAAAGUUGUAAAUGAGCUGGAAAACAUGGAGUUUUACGCGUCAACUACGGAUCUGUGGUCAAGUAGAACGACCGAGCCAUACAUGAGUUUGACGGUGCAUUUCGUGAAUGCAAACUUUGAGUUGAGAAGCCGCUGCCUGCAGACAGCAUACUUCCCCACUGACCAUACGGGGGAGAACAUUGCAAUUGGGCUUAAAGAGUGCUUGGCAAACUGGGGCCUAAAAGAAGAGGCCCAGACCUGCAUCACAACAGACAACGCCACGAACAUGGUCAAAGCGAUGGAGCUCAAUCAGUGGACCAGACUGCAGUGCUUCGGGCACCGGCUGCAUCUUGCAAUUGAAAAUGCAGUCAAAGAUGACCAACGCAUCAAACGGGCCACAGGACUGUGCAAGCAGCUGGUAGCAGUCUUCAGCCACAGCUGGAAGAAAAAGGCGGCGCUAAAACAGGCACAGGAAGACCUGAAUCUUCCUCAGCAGUCAAUAGUCACCGAAUGUCCGACACGAUGGGGCUCCCGGCAGAAAAUGAUUGAGAGGGUGUUGGGACAGAGCAAGGCACUGUGCCAAGUUCUGUCUGAAGACAGGAAGACGCGGCACCUGGUCCCGACUUGGCAAGACACUGAUGUGCUUGAAUCUGUAAACAAUGCUCUCGGUCCUCUUCAGGAGUUCACAGACGCCCUCUCAGGUGAGGACUAUGUGAGCGUAUCCUACCUAAAGCCAGUGCUCCACCUGCUGAGAACAGCAACACUUGCUGUAACUGACCAAGACACAGAUCUCACAAAGGAGAUAAAGUCAAAAGCUCUCCACUACAUUGAAGAGAAAUACAGUGACCCAGCGACCCAGGAACUCCUGGACAUCGCAUCUUUCCUCGACCCAAGAUUUAAGACCAACUACAUUAGUGAGGAGAAUGUCCAAUUCAUGAAAGACAGAGUGAAGAUGGAAAUGGAGCAGUUGGCACUAAAGGAGCAGAGGGCUUGUGUCAAAACCCAUCCCAUGCCACUCAGUACAGAAGAAGAACCACCAUCCACCUCUACAAAGCGAAAGCGGUCACUGGGCAGCUUUUUCAAGGCGGUCCCUGCUUCCUCUACUAUGCAGUUGGAGGAUACCAUUAAAGCAGAACUGGACAACUACCUCAUAACUCCUAGCAUUGAUGGAGAGCAAGAUCCACUGGCCUGGUGGAGAGUGCACAAUGUCAACUUCCCCUGGCUUAGCAGGUUGGCUCGUAAGUACCUUUGCAUACCAGCAACGAGUGCACCAUCAGAGAGACUGUUCAGUGCCAGUGGUAAUAUUGUCACAUGUCAGCGUGCAAGUCUGAAGCCAACAAGGGUUGACAUGUUGGUUUUCCUGGCCAAAAAUCUCUAAAGAGAUGUAGGGAUGAAGGGGAACAUUGUUUUUUCAUCUUAUCCUGAAAUCCCUUACUUGCACUUACCCUGACAUAACUUUGUUCAUCUUUUUUACUUAUCUUUUGUUUACUGACUAUGUAAAAUAAUUUAACCAUUCUGGCAUCAUUUGUUGUGAGGAAAAUAUAGGAUAAUUUAAACUUUAAUAC